AUGAAUAUUCCUAUGCCAUAAGUCAAACCAAUUACUCAAGAUAAUACAAAACUCCAAAGCGAAGUCAUCGGACUCUUCAAGUCAGGAGAUCUUAAAUGGAACACUGGUGGGACAAUCCAGGAGAAAAAGGAUGGACUCAAUUGUGUUUUAUAAGGUUUAAGAAAAUUACAAUUGUGGAUUGAAAGAGAAUAUGAUGUAGAGAAGAAGAAAUCACUCUAAAAUUAAUAUGAUGCAAGAAGAGAAGAAACAUGCAAAAGACUAGAGACUCUGGAGAAAUACGAAAAAGGUGAAAUCGUUUAGGAUACAAGUGGAAAUGGAGGCAGCAAUUAAUAACAAUAGAAAAAAUAGGGAGAAAAAGAUACAAAGAGUGAGUUAUCUAAUGCACUAUCAGAUGCUAUUGUGAAAGAUAAACCUAAUGUUAAAUGGACCGAUAUUGCAGGAUUGGAAGCAGCCAAAUCAGCCUUACAAGAGGCUGUCCUCCUUCCCAUCAAAUUCCCUGAUUUCUUUGAAGGAGCGAGAACACCUUGGAAAGGAAUCCUUAUGUAUGGACCUCCUGGAACAGGAAAAACCUAUUUGGCAAAGGCAUGUGCAACAGAAGCAGAAGGAACCUUCUUUUCUGUAUCUUCUGCUGAUCUCAUUUCAAAAUAUGUGGGAGAGAGUGAAAAAUUGAUUAAGACACUAUUUACCAUGGCUAGAGAAUAGAAGCCAUCCAUUAUUUUCAUAGAUGAAAUUGAUUCCAUGUGUGGAGCCAGAGGAGAAGGCUAGAAUGAUGCAAGCAGAAGAGUAAUCACUGAAUUCUUAGUUUAAAUGUAAGGAGUCGGACAUGAUGACAAGGGAGUCUUGGUUCUAGGAGCAACAAAUCUUCCAUGGGCUCUAGAUACUGCCAUUAGGAGAAGAUUUGAAAAAAGAAUCUAUAUUCCACUUCCUGAUGUGUAAGCUAGAGAAUAUAUGAUCCAAAAUUCUCUAAAGUAAACCAAAACAACGUUAACAAAAGAGCAAUUUGAAGAUUUGGCUGUUAAAACUGAAGGAUACUCUGGAUCAGAUAUCAGUGUCUUGGUUAGAGAUGCUGUUUAUGAACCAGUUCGUAAACUACAAUCAGCCAAGAAAUUCAAGUAAAUCCCAGUCAAUGGUCAAUUAAAAUGGACUCCAGUUGCCGAGAAUGAAGAUGGAACUCCUAAGACAUUCAUGGAAUUAAGUCAAGGAGAUAUUGCCAUUCCUGAUGUUUGUUACAAUGAUUUCUUACUAGCUUUGAAAAAAUCCAAGAAAUCUGUUUCACAAGAUUAAUUAGGAGAUUUUGAAAAGUGGACUAAAGAAUUUGGACAAGAAGGUUGA